AUGGCUGCACAACCCCCAAGAAGCAGCCAGAGCGUGCAGGAGCUGCUGACAGAACAUUAUAAACAUCACUGGUUCCCAGAAAAGCCGUGCAAGGGAUCAGGUUACCGUUGCAUUCGCAUCAACCAUAAAAUGGAUCCUCUGAUUGGACAGGCGGCGCAGCGGAUUGGACUGAGCAGCCAGGAGCUGUUCAGGCUUCUCCCCAGUGAACUCACACUCUGGGUUGAUCCCUACGAAGUGUCCUACAGGAUUGGCGAGGACGGCUCCAUCUGCGUGUUGUACGAGGCCUCACCAGCAGGAGGUAGCACUCAGAGCAGCUCCAGCGUGCAAAUGGUAGACAGCAGAAUCAGCUGCAAGGAGGAACUUCUCUUGGGCAGAACCAGCCCUUCCAAAAACUACAAUAUGAUGACUGUAUCAGGUUAAGAUAUAGUCUGUGGAUGGAUCAUCUUAUAAUGGAUGGAUAAAUUUGAUUUUUGCUUUGGGUGGGCUCCUCUUGGGGAUGGAUGGAUUAUGGAAUUUAAAUCAUGUCACAGCUGUGAAGAUCUGGCACAAGAUAGAGUGGUAAAAAAAAUUUUUUUUAAGUGACAGUGCCAUAGUUUGGACAGUACCUUUCAAUAAUUUAAUAGCCUGUGAGUCCAAGUCAAUGAUCACUUUAUUUGCUAGGGAGUGAAGUCCUAGGGUGGUUUCAGUUUCUCCCAGACGCUAUACCUAAAUUUUUACAUCAGUCCCUUUAAUGCAAAUCUGUAUUUCAAAGAACUGUUCUCUGCAGUAGGUCUUGGCAGAGGAAAUUUGCACUAUUACACUUGAAAAUUGUUAACUUUUUGGCAGCUGCAUAGGAAAGCUCAACAUUUUAAACAAGGUAGUACUGGAAGUUUUAUGACAAGACUUUUACCUAGCACUUAAAUAUGUAUAAAUGUACAUAAGACAAACCUAGUAGGCAUGUCCUGGGGAAAUGGUCAGACCUUGUAUUGUGUUUUUGGCCUUGAAAGUAGCAAGUGACCAGAAUCGGCCUUGGCAACAGGCUUUACAAUUUAAGACCCCUAAAAAGACACUGUCUCAACUGUGGUGGUAGCACCAGCCAGCUCUGUGCAUUUGCUAGCUUGUAGUUUUCUAAGACUGAGCAAACUACUUAUUUUUAGAAAGUGGAGGUCUGGUUUGUAACUUUCCUUGUACUUAAUUGGGUAAAAGUCUUUUCUACAAACCACCAUCUAUUUUGUUAACUUUGUUAGUCAUCUUUUAUUUGGUAAAUUAUGAACUGGUGUAAAUUUGUACAGUUCAUGUAUAUUGAUUGUGGCAAAGUUGUACAGAUUUCUAUAUUUUGGAUGAGAAAUUUUUCUUCUCUCUAUAAUAAAUUGUUUCUUAUCUUGGCAUUUUAA